AAAGCGAGCACAUGCAGUCUGGCACCGGUAACCUGAGGGAAUGACACACCAGCUCUAAUUCCUGAUGGCUUUUUCUCCUCCUACCACUGAGAGGGAAUAAAAGGAAUCUCAAGAGGACUCUUUUACAUUUGGAUGCUGUUUGGGAGAGACGUCCUGUCACUUAGGGGAAGUUAAAGAAGUUAUAGCUGCGCUCACUUCACAUUUAGGUCAACAGCUUCACUAUGAAGAUGCUCAAUGUGGACUUAUUAGUUAUAAGUUUCUGCCUUGGUCUGGGGACGGGAUACAAUGCUGCGGGUAAGAGACAGUAUCAGAUCCAGAACGGGCCGUGCAGCUACACCUUUCUGCUGCCAGAGCAGGACAACUGUCAAACUGAGAGCAGCAACUACAACCCAGAGCAGAAGGAUGGACCUGCAGACAACAACGAGUCAGCUCAGAGGCUGGAACAGCUGGAGAUGACCAUGGAGAACAACACGCAGUGGCUGCUGAAGCUGGAGAACUACAUCCAGGACAGCAUGAAGCAGGACAUGGUCCAACUCCAACAGACCGCUGUCCACAAUCACACAGCGACAAUGAUUGAAAUUGGGACCAACCUGCUGAGUCAAACUGCAGAGCAAACACGGAAACUGACCAAUGUGGAGGCACAGGUAAUACAUCAUACUACUAGACUUGAGCGCAGACUUCUGGAAAAUUCCCUGUCUACCAACAAGUUGGAAAAACAGCUAAUUGUCCAAACAAAUGAAAUCAACAAGCUGAAUGACAAAAACAGCUUCCUGGAGAAGAAGGUGGAGCACAUGGAGGAGCAGAGGCAGAUGGAGCUGAAGACACUUCGAGAAGAAAAGGAACAGCUUCAGACUUUAAUACUGAGGCAGACAUCCAUCAUAGGCGAGCUCGAGCAGCAGCUGCUCAGAGUCUCUUCUAACAACACGGUCCUGCAGCAUCAGCAGCAAGAGCUCCUGGACACCGUCACCAACCUGAUUCAUACUAUCUCUUCAGGCUCAGUUCCAGAGACAAAAACGGUCAUGAUGCAGGACACGCCGACCACCUUUAUGGACUGUGCUGCGGUCUACAAGUCUGGAAACAAAAAGAGUGGGGUCUACACGCUGACGUUACCCAACACUACAACAGAGGUCAAGGCUUUCUGUGACAUGGAGACAGACGGAGGAGGCUGGACAGUGCUACAAAAACGCUUUGACGGCCGUGUUGACUUUCACCGUACGUGGCAGGAGUACAAAAAGGGGUUUGGAGAUCCUUCAGGUGAACUCUGGUUGGGAAAUGAAUUUGUCUCCAGACUGUCGAUUCAACGGUCGUACAAACUGAGGAUCCAGCUGAGUGACUGGGAAGGAAACUCUGGAUUCUCACAAUAUGACCUCUUUACAAUCGACAGUGAGGCACAGAAUUACAGGAUACACCUUAAAGGCUUCAGUGGAACAGCAGGCAAAAUAAGCAGCAUCGGGCAGCCGGGAAGUGAUUUCAGUACAAAGGAUGCAGACAACGACAAAUGUGUUUGCAAAUGUUCACAACUGACAACAGGGGGUUGGUGGUUUGAUGCCUGCGGUCCGUCCAAUUUGAACGGCAUGUAUUACCAACAAGGCCAAAACUCAAAUCGCUUCAAUGGAGUCAAAUGGUACUACUGGAAAGGCUCGGGCUAUUCACUGAAGUCCACUAUGAUGAUGAUCAGACCGGCAGACUUCUCAGAUUAAACAAAGUCUGAAGGAAAGUCAGAUCGACAAACAAACAGCAACAAACAACUAAACCAAAAACUCUCCGGGGAUCCAAAGCACUUCAGACGUUUUUUUACCACAAGAACAUUUUGUGCAUUUUUGUGGAUUCUGGUUGUAAACUGUGGACUAUCACAAAUAUAUUUCUACUGAAAAUGUCUUUGACUGUGUUUUAAAUAAAUAAAUAUCGGUCUUGUAAUUAUGUUGUGUAACAACAGCUAGCUAACCAGACAGAAGACACCAUAGUAAAUGUGACAGUAAGCUCAAAUGCAUCAAUUUAACAACAUUCUGGAUAACAAUGUCAAGAUAAAACAAAGGGCUAUGGUACAACAUGCAGAUCAACAACUGGAUUAAAGUGUUUGUUAAAUGCGUUCUGGAGAUAUUUUCUAUCUGAUGUUAAAAAUGUAAAUCUAAAAUGUAAAAAGGACAGAAAUGUUUCUCUUUAGAGCGUCUAUGUAUGUAUUUGUUGUUUAAUUUAUAUGUAGAUUUUUUUAGACAGAUAUUUAACAUUUUAUAAAGAUGGAGAUCUGUUACAGAUCCUGAGGGCUACUUUGAUGCACAGAAACUAAGAGGAAUCCUGUUAAAAGAACUUAGCAGUCAUUUUUCUUAUGCUAAUACAUGAUGAUCAUUGUGCAGUUUUUUGGGGAUGUGUUCUUUUAUUUAUGAUGUUUCUUCUGAGGCGACGACAAACUGUAUCACCGAGGAAGACUGGAUUUACAUUUACUGGAUAUUAGUGUGCGACUGUAAUGCUCUACCCGCUGAAGUUGAAUAUUAAACACAACCACAGAGGAGGGAGCUUGAGACUGAACUACCAAGCUUUUUUCCACAACAAAUCCUGUUCUGCACUAUUACCAUGACAUGCUUGGUGACAGAACGCAUGCCAGAUCAUCGCGAUUGUCAUUGAUAUUUUUUACCAUUUCCAGAACAAUUAAAAAACUCUACAAACUCUGAA